AUGGUGUCUCUCGAGGAUGUGAAGAGCAUCAAUUCGAAGGUGGCCCUUCCUAACCUCGUCGCCGUCUUUGCGGGAGCCACAGCAGGUAUCGGAAGCUUCACCCUUCUUCAUUUCGCCGAGCAUGCCGUCCGACCCAAGAUUUACUUUCUCGGUCGCUCACAGGAGCAAGCGGACCUAUUGGCGAAACAGCUGAAGGAGAAGAAUGCAGAAGGAGAGUACAUUUUCGUCAAAGCCGACCUCAGCUCGAUGAAGAAUGUGGACCAGGCCUGCGAGAAAAUCAAGCAGCAGGAAGACAGCAUCAAUAUUCUGCUCAUGAGCCAGGGCGCGCUGAGACUUGGUACCACUGAGAAGGGCCUCCCACAUGUUACAGCAGUGUCCAUCAUGGGACGGUUGCGGAUGGCACAGAACCUCUUGCCUCUCCUCCGCAAAGGCCAAUCUCUCCGUCGAGUCGUGUCCGUGCUGGCAGGUGGCAAGGAAGGAAAGAUCUAUCUUGAUGAUAUUCCAGCUCGGAGGGUCAACCCCUCCCACGGGCGAGAGCAUGCCGCCGCCACCAUGACGCUCGGCCUCGCUCGGCCUCGAAGGACUGGCGAGACAAGCACCGGAGGUGUCUAUCUCUUCCAGUGGAGAUACCGAAAUUCUUGGAUCAGUGCCGAGGAGACGGGCGAGAGACAUACUUUUCUGUGUGUGAGUGCGCAGUUUCCCCCCAGAGAUGGGGAUGACGCGCUUGGGGUGCCCCUUGAGGGACAGCUUGAGGUGGCAAAGGGGAGUGAUGGGCUGCAGGGAAGUGGCGUCUACAUUGUCGAUGAGAGAACUGAGGUGUGCUCAAACUCAUUCAACGGCCUUGCCAAAUACCGGGAUGAGGGGGCCAUAGACAAAGUAUGGCAGGGCUUGGAUGCAGAGUUCAAAAGAAUCCUGGGUUGA